CUAGGGAGGUAGUACUGGCUAGGUAGUGAAUGGGAAGACUGAGCUAGUUUGCCCCCAAAGACUUUGCUGCUCUGGAAGAGGUAAACGAGCAUAGUGACUUGGCCACAUGGCCAAAUCAUGAAGAAGGAGCCCUUGGUGUUGCAGUGUUAGGUAAAGACAUCUCCAGAGGAAGGUGCAGCAACUGAAAGGAGCUAAUCCCUGGUAGUGGCCAGGAAGAGGUGCCUAAGGGAAACUUUGGGAGAUGCUGCACCCCGCUCCCCGCCCCCACGGAGCAGCCUCACUUUGAUCUGCAGCGGUUCAAAUGAGAUGGUAGCCAUCUUGCUGAGGGAAGUCAGUCCCAUGGGAGAUGGUGGCCAUUUCAGAUGGAGAGGAGAUUAAAAAAUAUGGAGAAGCCUGCAGAAAAUCUCACCAAUUGAACAGGUGAAGAAACAAACCAACUCUGCACUCGGUACUCAACAGCACUGCUGAAAGGUUGACCAAUUUGAGACCAGAUGAAGUCAGAGGGAGCUGUCGGUCCUCCUCGCCUCUGAAAAUAAGGCACACAGCUUCUUAAGGUUGAUCGGCUGAAAGGAGACUUUGCGUGUUGAUCCGUUCGCUCUGGCUUUAAAAAAACAACCACCACCCACCAACAAUUCACCCUCAUCGACUGCGAGUGACUGAAUGAUCAAGCUGAAUUAUACCAAGUCACAUAUUGAAGGCAAGGGAGGAAGAGAGCGAUCUGGCGCUGCUACGUCUGCUGCUUCUACGGGAACUUUUGAAAAUAAACCUUUUUACAGCUCUCCUUCAGAGAUCCACGUGAAAAAAGCAAAGCCGGACUGCAAGAGCUUAGCGUUGCCUGUUGCAAUCUGUAAUUUUACGUUGCAUUUGCCUUUUAAUUUUUUUACUUUCAUUUUGGAACUGCUUCCCCAGCUCCUUGGCUGAACUUUGGAGAUCAAUGGACCUUUUAUAUCUCCUGCCCGUUUUUAAACAAACUAUGGACGCUUAAACUCCCCCAGCUCAUGGGGCGAACGCUGCACGGCCGCAGCAGAGGGAGAAACACACAGGCACUUCUUUAGAGACGGGGGGAAAGAUUGCAGUGAUUUCUCAUCCUCACCUCAUCCUCACGGAUUCCCCCAAGUCUCCUUCGCUGCUGAGAGUUGACCCGUGUGGUGUUUUAUCUGAUUCUCGCAAGAUUUUCCCCCUCUUAAACUAUCAUGCGUUGCUUAUCUAUAGAGAAAGCUAUAUGGACAGAGAGGCACAUAGUGAGUGCGUAUGUGUUUUCAUAAGACUAUCAAGAGAGCAGAUCAGAAGCAGCCCGGAUCCUGACCCUGAUUGUAUGAAUAAUUUGCCGAUGUGCACACCGGAUUCAUCUUCCCGCAGCAGCAACGGGAGCAGCGGAGCGCUCGGGAGGAGGCAGCCGGCGGAAAGGAUCCUACUUGCCCUGGCCCCGGAGCCCCGGCAGCAGCGGUGGAAAGUUUGUCUGGGGGCUGACAGAGGCGAGAAGACGCCCUGACAGGCGAGAUCCCUAGUCAGAAUACAUCCCCCUCCCCUGCGCCCACCCACCCGGCAACUUCUCCCCUGCAAGAGGAGGGGGUGGAGAAGGGGAAGCAACAUUGUCCUUCUCUAUGGUAUGCCCACAUGACUGGGGACACCUAGAGACCACAGCAUCUCAGCGGAGCCUUUAGGUGGAGAAGAGAAAUUUUCCCUCCAUCCCUUGCCUUCCUGUAUCGGUCCAGCGUGGACAGCAGCUCAGUCCUAGUUCCUCUCCGCCCCCUUGCCCACCUCUGUGGUAGAGGAUGAAAAUGCUUUGCUGGAGGGUGGCGUUGUGGCUGGCUGGGUUGACUGCCUGGGGGAAGCUCUCCUCCUGCUCUGGCCUUGAUUAUGACUACACUUACGAUUUCAAUGAAGAGGAUAAAGCUGAGGCGAUAGAUUAUAAGGAUCCUUGUAAAGCCGCUGUCUUUUGGGGAGAUAUUGCCUUAGAUGAUGAAGACUUAAAAAUCUUUCAAAUUGAUAGGACAAUUGACCUUACGCAGCAUUCAAAUGAAAGACUUGGACAUAACACAGGUGGCUUUGGUGAGCAUGGGACGUCAAAAAAACGAGGUGCUCUCUAUCAGCUUAUAGACAGGAUAAGAAGAUUUGGCUCUGGUUUUGAGCAAAACAAUUCUUCUAAAGGAAGAUCAGCUGUAAAAUUCUCAGGGAAAAAUGAGAAAAACCGACUUCCCAGAGCUGCUACAUCACGAACAGAAAGAAUAUGGCCAGGGGGCGUCAUUCCGUAUUUUAUAGGUGGAAAUUUCACUGGCAGCCAGCGAGCAAUGUUCAAACAGGCUAUGAGGCACUGGGAAAAGUACACAUGUGUUACAUUCAUUGAACGAAGUGAUGAAGAAAGUUAUAUUGUAUUUACAUACAGACCUUGUGGGUGCUGUUCUUAUGUGGGUCGAAGGGGGAAUGGUCCUCAGGCUAUAUCUAUUGGCAAGAACUGUGAUAAAUUUGGAAUUGUUGUUCAUGAGUUAGGGCAUGUGAUAGGCUUUUGGCAUGAACACACACGACCAGACCGAGAUGACCAUGUAACCAUCAUUAGAGAAAACAUCCAGCCAGGUCAGGAAUACAACUUCCUGAAGAUGGAGCCUGGAGAGGUGAACUCCCUUGGGGAACCAUAUGAUUUUGACAGCAUUAUGCACUAUGCCAGGAACACCUUCUCAAGGGGUAUGUUUCUGGAUACCAUUCUUCCUUCCCGUGAUGAUAAUGGUAUACGACCUGCCAUUGGUCAGCGUACUCGUCUAAGUAAAGGAGAUAUUGCACAGGCAAGAAAGCUGUACAGAUGUCCAGCAUGUGGAGAAACACUGCAAGAAUCUACAGGCAACUUUUCCUCUCCAGGAUUUCCAAAUGGUUAUCCUUCCUACACACACUGUAUAUGGCGAAUCUCUGUUACCCCAGGGGAGAAGAUUGUUUUAAACUUUACUACAAUGGAUCUGUACAAGAGCAGUCUCUGCUGGUAUGACUAUAUUGAAGUAAGAGAUGGCUACUGGAGAAAAUCACCUCUGCUUGGCAGGUUCUGUGGUGACAAACUACCAGAAGUACUCACAUCUACAGACAGCAGAAUGUGGAUAGAGUUCCGUAGCAGCAGCAAUUGGGUAGGAAAAGGUUUUGCAGCAGUUUAUGAAGCAAUCUGUGGAGGUGAGAUCCACAAAAACGAAGGCCAGAUCCAGUCUCCUAAUUAUCCUGAUGACUACAGACCAAUGAAGGAAUGUGUGUGGAAAAUAACAGUGUCAGAGAACUACAAUGUCGGAUUAACCUUUCAGGCAUUUGAGAUCGAAAGACAUGACAACUGUGCCUAUGACUACUUAGAAGUCCGAGAUGGAACCAGUGAAAAUAGUCGUUUGAUUGGCCAUUUCUGUGGCUAUGAUAAGCCAGAAGAUAUUAGAUCUACCUCUAAUACCCUGUGGAUGAAGUUUGUUUCUGAUGGAACAGUUAACAAAGCAGGGUUUGCUGCUAACUUUUUUAAAGAGGAAGAUGAAUGUGCCAAACCUGACAAGGGGGGCUGUGAACAGCGGUGCGUGAAUACCUUGGGCAGUUAUCAGUGUGCUUGUGAUCCUGGCUAUGAACUUGGACCUGACAAAAAGAGUUGUGAAGCUGCUUGUGGGGGACUUCUGACAAAGCUAAAUGGGACUAUAACUACUCCAGGAUGGCCCAAAGAAUAUCCUCCAAACAAAAACUGUGUGUGGCAGGUGGUUGCUCCCACUCAAUACAGAAUUUCAAUGAAGUUUGAGUUUUUUGAAUUAGAAGGGAAUGAAGUUUGCAAAUAUGAUUACGUGGAGAUUCGUAGUGGCCUUUCUUCUGAUUCCAAACUGCAUGGUAAAUUUUGUGGUACAGAAGUGCCUGAAGUUAUCACAUCACAAUACAACAAUAUGAGAAUUGAGUUCAGAUCUGACAACACAGUCUCAAAGAAAGGCUUCAAGGCCCACUUCUUUUCAGACAAGGACGAGUGUUCUAAGGACAACGGUGGCUGCCAGCAUGAAUGCAUCAACACUAUAGGAAGCUAUGUCUGUCAGUGCCGCAAUGGAUUUGUGCUACAUGAAAAUAAACAUGACUGCAAGGAAGCUGAGUGUGAACAGAAGAUCCAUAGUCCGACUGGAGUCAUCACAAGUCCUAACUGGCCAGACAAAUACCCAAGUAGGAAGGAAUGCACAUGGGAAAUCAGUGCCACUCCUGGUCACAGAGUCAAAUUAACUUUUAAUGAGUUUGAGAUUGAACAACAUCAGGAAUGUGCUUAUGAUCACUUGGAAGUGUUUGAUGGAGAAACAGAAAAGUCACCAAUUCUGGGACGUUUAUGUGGCAAUAAAAUACCAGAUCCUCUUGUUGCUACUGGAAAUAAAAUGUUCCUCCGGUUUGUUUCUGAUGCAUCAGUACAAAGAAAAGGCUUCCAAGCCACACACUCUACAGAGUGUGGUGGUCGACUGAAAGCUGAAUCGAAGCCCAGAGAUCUGUACUCUCAUGCUCAGUUUGGUGACAACAACUAUCCAGUUCAAAUGGACUGUGAGUGGUUGUUAGUAUCAGAGCGUGGCUACCGAGUAGAGUUAACAUUUCAGACAUUUGAGGUGGAAGAAGAGGCAGAUUGUGGUUAUGACUACAUUGAACUCUUUGAUGGCCAUGAUACAACAGGUGUGAGACUUGGCCGAUUUUGCGGAUCGGGGCCACCAGAAGAAAUUUAUUCAGCUGGGGAUGCUGUUUUACUCCAUUUUCAUACUGAUGAUACAAUCAACAAGAAAGGAUUUCAUAUACGAUAUAAAAGUAUAAAAUAUCAAGAUAGCAUUCACACCAAAAAAUAACGCAAGAACCUCUAUGCCAGAAAAUAAGAAAGAAAGAGAGAGUUAGUGUGAUGGAGAGGAAGGAAGCCGUAUUUUUUUACUGACAUUAUUAGCACAAAUGUUUUAUAUAAUGGGUUCAGUUGGAAGCAAAACGCAUAUGACCAGAAACAUUUUAGUUCACAAUGAAACUUUCACCUAUCCCAAUGGACAUGGUAAUGACAUGUGGGCUCCAUGCUUGACUGUCUCUGCAAAGCUGGUGAAAGGGCAUUGCAUGCUUCCAGGGAAACUGUAAAAGCUUUUGUUUCCAGCUUGAUGUUUGUAUAGAUGCUUGCAGAUUCAAUCACUUACAUUCAGUGGAAGUGACCUUGCAAACUAUUCUUCCUUCUGAAAAUUAUCUGGUCCAGGAGAAAAAAUGCUCCUUCAGGUCACACAUAUAGAAAACUGUCCUUAUAUCUUAUUGAAAUUGCUUUGGCUUUGUAUCAAAGAUACAAUGCAUGCAAAGGCCAUAAAAGGAGAUAUGAAAUGGGAAAGUCUUCUGAGGUUGGUCUGUACUUUUGUAGGGAUUCAUCUCUCCUGUUAGUUUACCAAUAUUUUGAAACUGGAAAAUCACAUCUCCUGUAGCGUAAUUGAUUUCAUUUUACCAGCACAUUGAAAAGUCUGAAACAUUUUAUUCAUCGCCAUUAUUAGUACACUCAGAAUUUGGAUAGUAAGUAAUUGAAAAUGUCAAGUGUAUUGGUUAAGUAAGCUAUAACUGAUGAUGUGCUCUUAUUUUGCACUGAGCCCGAUAAGAAACUGAGUUAAUGUUUAACAGACCUGUUGUAAAUCAAAAUCUUUAUCCACUGGGAAACGGAAAUAAUCAUGAAUAGAAUCAUCUGAAACUCCAAUUACUGAUUUCAUUUUCAGUAGUAAAAUCAUAACUGCUGCUAACUUGUAUUUCCUUGGAACAUUUUAUGAAUGAGCUAAUUAUCCAUUUUAGCUAACCAGAAACAAAGCUGAAAGUAGUAUCCAAAAGAAACGUUUCCCAACCCGUUGAAAGAACAGUAUUACUUGUUUUCUGGAAAUAAGAAUUUCUGUAAUGGCAAAAAACAAACAGGAUUUUUGUUGAAAGAGAAUUUCUAUGGUGCUAUUCCAUGAACAUUAAACACUCAAUGAAGAAGUUUUAGACCUUUGAGCCAACAAUCUGCAGAUCAUGAAUGUCUCACUAUGCCUGGCUGCAUCUGAAGAAUAAAGACUUAUUACACGUAUGACGAGAUCAUUGCAAUGGCAGCACUAGUCCUGUGGAACAACUACUACUAUUGCCUUAGAAUUCUUGCACAUGAUCAAACAGAUCUUCCUCUAGAUACAUCUUUAAUUUGAUAAAUAAUUUGACAACUUGAACGUUUAAUGUAUGUCAAUGAAAAGAUCUUCAAGCAAAAGCCCAUCUGCAAAGCUUAGAUCAUCUGCUGUAAAUACAGUGACCUGCUUUUGAUGUAGAAAUAUGUUAUUUUAGAAUGAACUAUUCUAUGUGCUUUAGGCCAUACAUGGCUUUAGUCAUGAUGUAUAUGCAUUAUGUAAGUAUGUAUGAAUGAGUGCUCCAGAAAGGUGAGAGGUGUUGUAUGGAUGAACAGUUAAAUUGUGCCAAGUUCUACCAGAACCCUGUUUGACUGUAGCAACUUAAAGGUUUCAUAGGCAGGUAAGUGGAACUUCUAGUCAGCAAGAACAGAAUUUAAAUGAAAUGUUAUGUUUCACUUACAAGAAAUAUUAUUUUGAUAUCCUUUGAUGUAAGUUGCUACCCAGAUUAGCUUAGUUCCUGUUACCUUACAAUGAACAUUCACUGGCACUAAUAAAUCCAGUGGUUUUUUUGUUUUUUUACAAAAAUAAAAACU